AUGGUUUCCUCGGAUGUCACGUCCCUUUUUACUUCUAUCCCGCAGGACCUGGCAGUCGAGACAAUCGAACUACUCCUACGAGAGAAGUACGACGAAACGGAGAAUCGCCUCGGACACGCCCAAAUCAUCCAGCUCCUGAAGUUCUGUCUCAAGACGUACUUUACAUUCGACGGAACAAUCUGCGAGCAGGUGAAGGGAACGCCAAUGGGUUUGUCGACUUCGGGACUCAUAGCCGAGGCAGUCCUUCAACGGCUGAAGUCGCUGGUUUUCCGACACCACAGACCGAAAUUCUGGGCUCGGUAUGUGGAUGACAUCUUCGUCGUCAUCGAACGGGAUCAGGUGCUGACUUUCAAAGAACCACUCAACGCCGUCUUCCCGGACAUUCAAUUUACGAUGGAGGAGGAGGAGGAGGAAAACAAUCAGCUGGCCUUCCUGGAUGUCCUCGUCUGCCGCAAAGAUUGUGGUGGCCUAAAAACCAAAGUGUUCAGGAAAGCGACAAAUACGACGCAAAUACUGAACUUCAAUAGCAACCACCCGAUCAGUCACAAACGCAGUUGCGUAAGGGCGCUAUACCGGCGUGUUGAGACGCUCUGCAGUGAAAUGGAAGACAAGGUUGCUGAAUUACAAUAUCUUCGACGGGUAAUGAGAGCCAAUGACUACCCGCGCAGCUUUGUCAACCGGUGCAUACGAAAAGGACACCAAAGACCAAAUCCAACUAGCCCCAAAUUUUGGCGGACUCUUCCGUACGUGAAGAACGUCUCGGAAGCCGUCAGUCGUCUUCUCACUCCACUUGGAGUUGGGGUUGCACACAGGCCGGAAGCAACCAUUAGGCGCCAAGUAAUAAGGCCAAAACACCCGCUGCCACGGCAGGAAACGUCCGGAGUCGUUUACCGGAUCUGGUGUAGUUGCGGACAAAGCAAUUAUGUCGGAGAAACUGGGAGAUUACUCCGUACGCGACUUGCCGAGCACGCAGCAGCAGUGAGGCGGGGGGACGCUAACUCUCAGGUGGCGGCACACUCGACGGGACCCGGCCAUAUUUUCAAAUUUCAAGAGGCCGAAAUCCUCGCAAGGGGUGACAACCGCGUGAGCCGCGAGCUGCUCGAGUCAUGUUUCUCAGGCCCGCAAUCCAUCAACAAACACAAUGACCUCCCGGUGCCCUAUUCCGUAUUGCGAUUUUCCCUGGGCGGGAGAAUCAGUCACGUGGGGAGGGCGCGAGUGAGCAAUUAUCACGGUGACAGUGAGCCAGUUUGCCGAGCAAUCGUCACACCAGCAUCCAGCACGGAUGACGAAAUCGCGGCCAUUAACAACUCGGACUCGGACCGCCAAGCCACCGCCGCAUCAAUUACGACCCCAGCGGCGAUUGUGAGAACUGUUAAUUGCAGUGCGCAUACGGUCCCACGGCAGCCACGUGCUAUAAAUACUGCACUCCUGUUGCCACCUUCACCUCUAUCUGCGAAUGUUUCUGAUGAUGGAUUCGAGUGAGAAUCCGAAAGGUCAGGCAAAUAAACUUCCUGUCCCAGUGAUCGCAUCUUUAUCUUCUGUAUAUGCUUUCUUUUAGUCGUUUGGUUGAGAAUCACGUCUUAUGUAUAUUUUAUACUCGAAAAUUAGUAUAAUUGGAUUUUAAAAUGUUUUGUAAUUGUGAGAUUGUUUAAGGUCGCGCAAUGUCCAUUCACAUAGCAUCGUACGUGGCCGUUAACCACAGCUCCGCAUGAAAUGUACUACAUAGUCCGCAUCCAUUGCAAGAAUUUAUGGACUCUAUAUGGUAUCUUUAAAUGGGAUAUAAAAUAUAUGAGAUUCUUCAUACGGAACGCAUACACAUUGCCGAGAGAAAUAACUAAACGCUAACGUAACGACUUAUCAGGCUCUAAAUUGUCUGGGAAUUAGAAAUGUUUUUAAAAAUCUAAUUAUAUUUCUUCUUAAAGUAAAAACUAUGAAGAAGACGUGAUUCUCUAUCAAACGACUGAAAAAAGCAUAUUUUUGCUCAUUGUUACUAUAAGAUAUAUUUGAAUUUGCAAGACCAUCGGAAAUCAAUCAGUAAAAUGCAUGCUACUUACGUAGUCAUUUUUUACCUAGUACGGUUUCUACAGAAGACUAAAAAGCAGUGCAUUCAGAAGUUGACAUCCUACCGAAUCCGAAGUAUUAUAGAGUAAUGCCACAAGAUAAUCAGUAUUACAGCCGCUCCUAAACCAUCCUUCCUAAUCGAAACCGCAUUUCAGAAUUUCAGCUAAUAUUUCAUGAGAUCGGUCACUCACUGUAUAACGCUCAAAUGCAGUCCCCACAACAAGCUGGUACUGUCGUGUGCGCCAUGUCGCGUGCGUUGCAUUCGUAUGCGGACAGCUCAACCUUCGCAGCUGUUGUACCGGUGCCAAUCUCAGGUUGCUUGAAACAGAUUUGUCAUCGUAUUCGGGUGUGCAGGGGAGGAGCGAGGAUGGAGAUGUUGCUAAAAAAACCUCUCUGUAAACCUAUUUCCAAGCAAGUCGGUGAUGCUGCAGAUGCUGCGUCGGACAAACGGUGAUGAUCGCCGUUUGCAACGACCAGACUUUCGAACCAUCAACUGUUCGCCGUUGGAUGAAAAAGUGAAUUGUCUGUGUAUCCAUAUCUGUAUAUAUCUGUGACACGGGAUUGACUAUUUCUGCCAUCCGGUUGGGGAUCCAGAUCUAACUGGCGCUCUUUUAUAACUUUUCAUCAUUGAGAGAAAUACCCAAUGACUUACUGGGACCGAAGUCAAACUUUUAAACAAACUUCCCCUAGAUUUCUCUUCUUAUUUCAUUCGUUUUUCCUACUUCUAAAUUAUUUUUCCUGCAUAAAAUCCACUUGAGCUGAUUGCCUUAAUUCUGCAGAAACACGAUACGUUUUCAAUGAUCAUUUGCGGAAAGCAAAUUUUCCAAAACAUUAAAAUGACACGUACUGAAGAAAAACAUUAAGACAGCGAGAAUAAGUAAGGAAAUAACUCAGAACCAUGCAAUGACAACCCUGAAAUCCACUAAUGCAUACAGAAGAAUCACAGAAAACAGCGGAUGAGGAAUUAGUAAGGAAACCGAUCGAAGAACGUGCAUUUCUGGAGUCAAAUUGUACGAUAUGUACCCAUAUGGAAUGUUGUUGGUCGCAGUUGCGAGUUGCUGAAUCAUGAUGUUGCUUAGAGUACUGGUUAGUCCUGUAACGUUAAUUGUCGGAAGCAGAAGUUGUUGAACCUGUUUACCCUUUAUGUCAAGUUGAUUUAAGUGGGUUGCGUCUUUGGAACUCACCGAAAGCCGUAUGACCUCAAAUAUCUGAUUGGCUGAAGUGGAGCGAGGAUUCAAACGGUCAGACACGGAGAUAUGGACUCCUGUACUACAGUUUGCCAUGGCCUAAAUUUUGGCGCUAACUGUCAGGGCAAAUGUUGAUGUUAAUUCAUGGUAAGGAACGGAAAUCUGUCCUGACUGGUACACAAUUGUCAUUUUCAUGCUACUAUUGAUCUCAGCAGGCGUAGUACUACUUGUGUAUUCUUUCAGAUCGAGGUGCUUCGCGGAAUACUGUGAUUAUGAUUCCCAGUUACGCCAGGUUUCGGGUUUUAUGCUUAGAAUUUUAUACGCUGGGCUAAAAUUAAGGUCUGGGUUCGAGUUUUGGGGUUUAUUAUUGGUAUUACUUUUUAGGGAGUCAUUCGGCACCCACUUCCCACAACUUUCGUCCACAGCUUACGCCUUAUUGGUCACAUUCUGGGGGGGUUCAGUUUCAAUGACAUUGACGGGGCCAUUUUUCGUGGAACUGUUUUUUCUGGUUAACAGCAGUGAAUAUGCGAAUUGCACGGUGUUCAGACUGAGAUUUAUUAAUAACCAAAACAAACAAGCAUAUUUACCUAUAAUGCUUGCAUAAUCCCUUACUUUUGGCACAUUCUUUACUGUUUUCUCGCAGCCCCAUUAGUAAAGGCCCUUUCAGCACGGUUUCCGUGCCAGACGCGUCUGGGCUUCCCCAUUUCCUGGCAGGGCUGAGUUUCCUAACCUUGCCCAGUUUUCUGCUAAAGUUAAUGUUGAUACUCGGAAAAUGUACCCCUUUCUUGCCGAGCUAUCUUGAGCUAUCUAUGUUCCCAGAUAGAUCGACUGAUCUGAAAGGAGACAUUUUCAACAAAACAUGGAAAUAUUUCCGUUAAGAUUUUCGUCCAGUGAUGUCCGAUGCCGAAUUUCCCAUCUUUGCUUUUUGUACUUAAUUCAUGGUUUGUAAAUCUGACGAAUCCUCUUGAUGAAUUUUAGUUUCGGAGAACUUGUCAGUCUGUUUGGCUGCCUAUAUUUAUGAAACAAAUGAUGUCUAAUGCUGUAGAGAUAUUUAAAAAUUGCCUUUGUUAACUUCAUGAGUCUAGGGUAAAAUUCUUUAAAAAAUACCCACGUAACUAGGAGGUUCAGGGCCACUCUUUCCAAAUGGAUUCGGCUCAAACGGUAGAAAAUAUGAGAAGAUUACUCAACUCAGUUUACUAACUGACUGCCAUUUCAUGAACUCAGGUUUGUCGUUCAGUGCUGGGCAAGGCCAAGUCUUUCGAAAAGGCAGUUAAUUAACACGCCUUUGCAUUUGUGCACCUCUUGAAUUCAGGCACUGUCACGCAGUCUCGGAGAGCCUGGAAAAAUACGCAGUUUUACACAAAACGGCACUUGAUUCAGUGGUCCUAAUGCCAUCGAUGGUCUUGCAGUUCAACAAUAUCCCGAGUGACAGCAAUCAAUAAACAACAGGCGCUUGCAGCUUGCAGCGGUUGCGGUGCGUUCCGCCCGUCUUUUCUUGGCUCUUACACGUCCAACGUAUUGCAGUUCCAUGGGUUUAGCUGAUAACUCACAAACGUCUCUGAUCGGCGUCAUUGCUCAUCAUCUUUUCCCUACAUUUGGCAGUACUGACGGCUAAUGAUCCUUUGCUGUUUGUCUAAAAUUCGUCUCAGCGACGAUCCGUCGGAGAAAAUCUCGGGGUUCCUUUCUCAUCCUUCCCUGUUUUGCCUCUUACCUCAGCGAUAAUCUCUGGCACAGAGUCUACUGCAAACAGCGAUGCUUAUCCAUCAUUUGUUAAGUCUUAGUGCUUUGAUGAACAGGUAGCUUGUAGUGUCUAUGAAGAGUGGCGGACGUAUAGCAGUUCGCUUAAAUCCAACUCACAAUACUAUUUUAAUCGCGUUAACGUUUCAUCUCCAACGCAGAAAUAUAGUUCAGGGGCUAACGUAGAUGUACUAGCUCAUGAAAUGUCAUCCGGCUUCUGCAAUGUGUUUUCGACUCAAGAGAUUACUUAAGUAGGGUUGUAAUAUUACCUACCAUGCAGCAUAUCCCCAUGAUAAUUCAGUUGCUUCAGGAUGUCAGCUUUUGAAUGAACUUCUUUCCGGCUGCCAGUAAAACCUGCAUCCUACAAAAAGUGGCUACUUAAAGAGUGUGGCUUGUUCUCAUUGAUUUUCGAUGCUCUUAAAAAUUCAGGUAUACUUUAUGGAAAAAAUGCAUAAAAUAUCCAUUCUUUUCGUCUUAGUCAAAUUGUAUACUUGAAGAAAGGGUAUAGUUCGGUUUUCAAAAGUUUCCCAAUUCCAAAGUAAUUUGGAACCCAACCUGCCAUUAUACUGGCAUUCGGAGUUUCUUAACUACGAGUUGCAUAUGUUCCGUGUACAAAAACCAUACAUGUAUCUACGGUAUUAAGAGGAAGCCAUAUAGAGUUAAAAACAUUUAGCAGCGGAUUUGAGUCAAAUUGCAAACUUAACGAUCAAGAUUAGUGAAUGCAGAGGAAGGAUGCUUGAUGAACGUCCAUUUCACGGUCAUAAAAACUCCCAUAAUAAGAAACUGUUUUAAAACCCAAAAAUGACCUUUCUCCAAGUGUAAAAUUUGUAGAUGUUAUUUACUACCAAGGAUGUCAAAAAUGAAUAUUUUAUGCAUGUUCUCUAUAACGGUUAUUUGAAUUUAUAAGAACGUUGAAAAUCGAAGAUAAAAGUCGCACUAUUUCAGUAGCCACUUCUUGUAGAACAAGUUUUGCUGACAGCCGGAAAGACGUUCGUUCACAAGCUGGCAUCCUGAAGCAACUAAAGUAUUGUGGGGUUAUGUUGCAUAUUAAUGAAACUUACAACCCCACUUGAGUAAUCAUUUCGGGCCGGAAAAGACAUUUCAGAAUUUCGGUCGACAUGCCAUGAAUAAGCACACCUACUGUAUAUUCAAACAAACAUUUUAAAAAUAAAAAUACAUGGUAAGUAAACGUUUGAUCAGAAACUUUCAUUCAUUCUGGCAUUUUCUCUUAGUCUUAAUGAACAUAGAGAACUGCAGCGUUCCAUUUGAUCUUCUUACCUGUCUUCACUUUUCAAUGGUGCCUGAGACCACCCAAUGAUUGCCUCUAGGAUAAAUACGCUGAAAGUGUGCUUGUUGGCCACGAUAAUGGAAACAAGAAUUGCCUCCAGUUUGUGAAGGUCGGCUUUAAUCAUUCCUCUCUUUAAUCUUUCAAAAGCAGUCUUAUAUUUCAAAAAAGAAUUAUGCGAGCAUACGGUAGUUUUAGAUAAAUCCACUUCAGGCCUGCACAUUUAUUCUGCCAUCGGAGUGAUUAACAAGAUCAGAAGGCAGUCCUGUGUGAGUUUCUACUGGGACCCUCUCCCAUUCCAGGAUCCUCAGAUGUUCCUCCUAGUAGAUGGAUGCUGAUGUGUCCUCAUGUUGGCAAAACUGACCACCUACCUUCCUCACACACAUUUUAGCCCUUGAUCUGGAGAUUUGUAGGCGCUUGCAUUCUGAUUUUUAGUCUAUGCUGUUAUCCUGUUAUUCAUCCUACUAUAAUGAUAGAGAUAGAUAUAAUGUUAACUUGGGAACUUGUCCUUCUAAUAUUCGCUUUUGCUGCGGGUAUUUCUUAUGUCUUUUGGCUGGCAUAACAGUACGACGACAUUUCACAAGGGCCAGGCAUUUUGCUGCUUGAAUUAUGAAUGACGUUAUGUAUCCCCCUAAUUAAUUGUUGCGAAGUUUUUUCUGCUCCAUACGUCUUGCCGUAAAUGCGUAUAUCUGACACGAUAUCCUACAGUGAAUGCGCUAUCUCGCGAAACGUCAAUCGAAAUUCUGAAAUGUGUCUUUGACUAGAAAAUACCAGUAAAGUGGUUUGUGAGACAUAUUGUUGCGUAGUAUGAUCACGAAAUAUUUUAGUCACAGCGAGAUGCCGGCCUGUGAGCAAGCUUUUUUUCAGCCGUUCAAGGAAACUAAAUUAUUUGGAAAAUGGCUACUUAAGUAAUGUAUAUUUUUCCAUUGUCAACAGCGUGAGAUUAGCGGGACGCUAUUGGCGAUGGAGAAUUGGACGGACCGACCGACGCAUGGAGAGAACGCAAGAAACGGUCCUGACCCAAUUCUACGGUCUCCCAAAAGUGCAUAAGAGGAGCUCUUCUCCCCGGCCAAUCCUGUCACUAAAACACAUUCCAACCCUUGGACUAGCCAAUUUGCUGUUUCAACGUCCCAAGUUCCUGACCACAGUCAGCUCUUCAAUGCAGUUCUUGGAGAAACUAAAAUCUCUUGUCAAACGACGCCAUGGAAUCAUUUGAUGUCACGUUCCUUUUUACUUCUCUCCCGCAGGACCUGUCAGCCGAGAGCAUCAAACUACUCCAGCGAGAAAAAUACGAUGAAACGAAGAAUUGCCUCGGAUACUCCAUAGGCUUCAUCACCUGA